GAAGUGGUUUAUAAACGCACCGGUGAUAGCGGAAGAAGAUGUUUUGUUUUUGGUGGCACCGGCGUUCAAAUCGAAAUCACGAUUGCAUCUAGAGAGUCGCACCUGCCAUAAUGUCACGGAGUUCCGAGAAGUUGGCGGAGUUGAAACAAUUCAUCCACGAUCACCUUUUACAGGUUGAUGUGAGAGGGCAUGUAGAGAAAGUUUUGCGUGACGUACUGGACGGCAAACAAGUUCACAAAGCUCCUCUCAAUGAAGCAGACAUACUAGAGGAAAUCGUAUCGCGAGGGCUGGUAGAGGAAGUGCUGGAGAGCCUCAGAGUGGGGCUCUAUGGCGAACCGGAGCAUGGGUCAAAUAAACCUAUAGCCGAGACAGUGAACAAGGAGACUGCGAAUAGCGCUGCCCCUUCACCACAGAAGGGGAGCCUAGACCCGGCCAGGAGACACCUGUACCUGCAUGUUGUGAGUGGCAAAGCAUUCCUCGAACAUCUACAACAACCGUUUUCUUUCCAUGGUCAGUCGUCGUCCACGUUCACGCUGCACGUACAUUACUGCGGCCAGCGUUUUCGCUCGCGUCCCGUCGCCUGCGCAUGUGAGCCGGACUUCGGUGAGGGAUUCCUGCUGGAGCUGCACAAUGAUGCCUUGGGCGAUGGGGCGAAGAUGGCCGACACAACAACUCUGCUGGGGAUGUGCGAUCCAGUGCAUAUGGUGCUGGUGAGUACCAACCCCAGCGGAGAGGACACACUGGUUGCCUCGCACAACCUAGAGUGGCGCCAUCUACUGACCAGACCAGCCUCGCGGUCCAAUACGGCCAUUGAACUGACUGGCAUAGGCAGAGAGAGCAAGAUACCGGUGGGAGUGUUGGAGGUUAGACUGGAGUUGAUACCGUCUCUGACGCAAACACUGGAUGAAGAUCUGCUAUCGACACAGCUGGGUUUGGAGAGGUCGAGGAGUGCGGAGAGCGAAAGGUUGUUUCUGGUGUAUGCGAAGGAGUGGUGGAGGGAAUACCUGCAGGUCAGGGAGUCCCACAGCAGCAGGCUAGUGAAGAUCUUUGCCCAGGACGAGACAGCGAGUCACCGUCCCGUAUGCACCUACCUGUGGCCGCUGACCGCCGGACGGCUGCUGGACACGCCGCGGCAGGCCGCGCGAUUCGUGUCGUUGAUUCCCUACGAGAAGACGAGCAGCGUGGGAGCGGACGAUAGCGUCGAGCUGUGGGCCAGCCCUCACGCGUUCCUCGCCCGACGCCGAGGGGACUGUGAGAAUCACGCGCUGCUACUCUGCGGUCUCCUUCUUGGAUUCGGCCUCGAUGCCUACGUCUGCCUCGGGACCAAGACGAAGGGGGCGCCACAUGCCUGGGUCAUGACCCUCGGCCUAGACGGACAGGUCAUCUUUUGGGAGAGUCUCACGGCGAACAGGUACCGAGCAUCGGCUGUCGUGUUCGUUCGAGCCCCUGCCGUGCACGUUGUUGUGUCCUCCCCAUUAGUUAUCAUCAAUAUUUAUUAUCGUCGUUAUUAUUAUAAUGCACGCGUUAACACGCGUCUAAGCCUGCCGCGCGCGUCGUCGUGUCCUCCUCAGCCGUCCGACCGCGUAGAGAUGUGUGACUUCACGCUGCCGAACGAGUCUCGCUGGAAGCCGAUGUCGUCCGACGCCAUCCGCUCGCUGCCGGCGCCACCUGGCUGGACGGCGUUGCCGCUGCGUCCGCCCGUGCUCGACGUGCGGCUCGUCGCCGCCGACCUGGAGCUGCAGCUGCAGGCUCUCGUCGCAGAAGUCCGGCGGGACCAGGGUCUGUCGACGCACUGGGAUACACAGCUCAGCUACCUUCUCACUCCUGCAUUGGCAGCCUACGAGAUGGAGCGAUCCACAGGCGUGACGGCUGGGAACGAGGAGUUCCAGCAUGCGAUCAGAGGAGCCGUCCCCGAAGGUCACGUCUUCAAGGGCUUUCCGAUUCAGUUCAUGCACAGGAAUGCCCGUCGCAUAUAUGCGAAUUCGCUCAAGGCUGAGAAGUGCCAGGAGGUGGUCAGUUGCCGCGGUGACCACGUCAGGCUGGCCAUCAGAGUUCGAGUGUUCUCCUACCCAGAGGACGUGUGCGCUGUGUGGGUGAUGUACGCGUGCACCUACCGCUCUGUGGUGUGACAUCAGCUCUGAGGUAGAGGGCGCCAGUGUACAGCUACAUACGCCUACCGCUCUGUGGUGUGACAUCAGCUCUAAGACAGAGGGCGCUAGUGUACAGCUACAUACGCCUACCGCUCUGUGGUGUGACAUCAGCUCUAAGACAGAGGGCGCCAGUGUACAGCUACAUACGCCUACUGCUCUGUGGUGUGACAUCAGCUCUGAGGUAGGGGGCGCCAGUGUACAGCUACAUACACCUACCGCUCUGUGGUGUGACAUCAGCUCUGAGACAGAGGGCGCCAG